UCAACUCUUUCAUAAUCACAACAACCAAAAAGUCGUGAUUUGAUUUUUUUUUAAAAAAAUCUCUAAUCACCACUGAUUAUUUUUUGUGGGGAUAUUUUAUGCAGUUUGGAGAGAAUCUGUGGAAAAACCUUGAGGUAAAAGUAGAAUUCCUAAAUAGUUUGCUGCCAGGUGGAUAAGAAUAUGUUGCCAAGAGGUGAUUGCAAGUUGCAAAAUUAAGUUGAAAUCAGUGCCGCCGCCACCGCCACCGCCACCACCGCACCUUAAAUAUUCAAUUUCUGUAUGAAUUUUUGAGCAUUGAAAAAGAACAUCUGUAUAGAAAAGCAGAAAGACGUCUCCGCUUUUAUUUUCAGUUUAAUUUAAUUAAAUAAGCAGAAAAUGGAGGUGAUGACCCAUUCUUCCACGUUCCUUCUUCCCAGUAACCACCACAGCUCCUCUGUAACCUACGCACUUGUCGUCCUUAACCGACCCCUCCCCAGAUUCACCCCGCUUCUCUGGAACCACGCACAGGUGAGGGUGUGUGCUGAUGGAGGUGCCAAUCGGGUGUUCGACGAGAUGCCUCUUUUGUUCCCUAGCGAUGACGCUCUUGAUGUUCGACAAAGGUACAAGCCGGACAUAAUCAAAGGAGACAUGGACUCAGUUCGGACAGAAGUACUGGACUUCUAUUCCAACCUGGGAACCAAGGUAGUUGAUGAAUCUCAUGAUCAGGACUCCACAGAUCUACAUAAGUGUGUAGCCUACAUACGGGACCUCACUCCAAACUUGGAUAAAUCGAAUCUCUGCAUUCUUGUAGCUGGAGCACUUGGUGGACGAUUUGACCACGAGGCUGGAAACAUGAACGUGCUGUAUCGUUUCUCAACCAUGCGACUAAUUCUUCUAUCGGAUGAUUGCCUAAUCUACUUACUUCCAAGUACUCACCUUCAUGAGAUUUAUAUUCAAUCUUCCGUCGAGGGUCCGCAUUGCGGACUCAUUCCAAUAGGGAUGCCAUCUGUGAGCACCACAACAACAGGGCUUCAAUGGGAUCUCAAUAACACGGAGAUGAGGUUUGGUGAUGUGGUAAGUACGUCAAACUUAGUCCGAGGAGAAAAAAUAACGGUGCAGUCCAGUUCCGAUCUUCUUUGGACGAUAUCCAUUAAGGUGUAAAGGCUAGCCCUAUUCUAUUAAAGAAGAGCGGUGGGACUGGUUUGUUCAUAUAGAAUUAUUAUUCGGAGGGAACGCUUUAUUUUAUGCAGUAUUAGCAUUCCUUUUUCCAGCCCUACUAGGCUUCUCCUAUUUUUGUACUUCGCCUCCAGUACAAUGAGGAAAUAAUUGUAACAGGUUUGCCAUUGUUUGGUUUUCA